AUGAGCGUUAAAAUCAGCACCGUUUUGGUUUUGCUGUGUGCUUCGGCGCACGCUUUCCCUCGUAGCGCAAUUGAAAGCGUGAAAAAUGGGGCGACCGAGUUUGAAGCAUCUGGCGUUGGAUCAGACGAACCUGUUCGGGGAUCGGUUAGAGUCGUCAAAGUCAGUCCGCAUUUCCUGAGGCACACGGGGAUGUUCAGGAACGGCGCGUCACCCAGGGGCGCGCCAUCUCUCCGUGGCACGUUUCCAGAUUUCUUGUCGCUCGGUCGUGCCGGCCCUUCCACCAAACUGUCGGUUCCUCCGCUGGUUCACCUCCGCGAGAGCCAUCACGGGACCGACGCGAGCACGAAGAGAAGGCAGGGCAUGAGCAUGUGGCAGCGCGUGAUGGACAAGUCAGAGCGCCAGAAGGAGGCGGUGGUCCUGCCCAUAAAUCCGAAAGAUGCGUCCAAACAGAGCUGCGCAGCGGUCCCCUUCACUCAGCGAGUCACCGCAGCGGGGUGCGACACAGUGACGGUGCAUAACCGCCUGUGUUUCGGUCAGUGCAACUCAAUGUUCGUGCCUCCGGCCGAAGACGCCUCUCUUCCCAUCACUGGUCACCGCGGCGCCCCGUGCUCGCGUUGCGCGCCAUCCAAAGCGCACUCGGUGACGAUCCCUCUACGCUGCGGGCACGAGGUGCGUCUCAAGCGCGUGAUGGUGGUGGAGGAGUGCAAGUGCGAGACAGGUCGCGAGGAGCUGAGGGCCGAAUCCGUUGCUAGGACACAUUUAUAAGUGUGGCUAUGGCGCGAAGACGUGUUGCAGUCGGAAUGUUUCAUUUAGAAAUUGUGAUGGCAAACCUACCAGGAUUCAUGAAUCAUAAUGUUUCCUGUAGGCCUAAGUGUUAUCAUGCUACUUGUGUCUGUUUGUGUCUUUUCGUGUGGUCUAACGAAGGGAGAUUAUCCUUAUCCAUGUGUGUUCAUUAUCCAUAUGUUUCAUAUGUUUUACUCCUGACAAGGUCGAGCUUGUCGGCCAGAGCACUUUCUUAUGUAUUACUGACGUUGCCAAACUAUUUAUUUUGGCUUAGUUUUUGUUAUGUAGGCCUAUGGUCAACCAAAUGUUCCUAUUUGAUGGUGGCAAUGUUUUGUUUGUUUUGCGUGUGUUA